AUGAUGCCGAACAUUCACCGUGUCCAGUUACGUCUGUGCUGCGCCUUUUUCGUUCUUUGGCUUCUCGUCCAAGGCAGUAAAGGUACAUAAACUGGAAAAUUCUCAUCAAUUUUCUUACUCAUUAUAAUUGCUGUUUCUUGCUUAAAGUGAUUUCUUAGCGUUUGACAAUAGCAAGAGCAGAUGAAGUUUUAGGGUGUGGCACGUUCGCAACGAAGAAAUCAAAUUGCGUCGAAAAUCAGUUGCGGGCUCAGUUAAUGGGUUAACAUUAAAAUAAAUAUAAAUAACUAGUUAUAAAAAAAAAUCGUAAUACUUUGUGUUCUUAUAAUUGACAUUGCAAUUUUUUUAAUUUCUAUCUUUUUUAAAUAGCAGGCAUCUUUAAAGCUGGUAAAGCCAACGUGACUACAGUUUCUCCUGGGCUAUUCGCUUGCCAACAGGUCUCGUUUGCGACACCUUUCCAUGUUGGACAGGAAGUUACCGUUCUUGCUUCACUGGGUCGUUCUAUCAAAAGUCGUACUCGUGGUAACGGGGGCGCCAUCUGGGUGGAGUCAGUAGAUCAAAGUGGUUUCAAGGCUUGUAUUCUAGAAUACAGUGAUGGGUCCAAUAACACAGCAGAGGUGAACUGGAUAGCAACACAAUCUGCUCCAUCUGGAGGUAAAAGGGGAUCUAUAUCUUUUGGUGAUUGGACAACAGGAACACAGUGCAAAAUAAUUAAUUUUCAGCAGGUAAGUGUUUUAAUUUGUAUUUUUUUUCAAAUUAAAGGUAUAUUACGAGUGAUCUCAACUAACAGUGACAAUUGGCAUCAACGAUAUAUCAACGAUAUAGAUACCUUAAGACGGUUGUGAACAUUUCAUCAAUUCAUUGGUUCAUUCAUAAUUUUUCUUUCUAUUUUUUUUAUCAUCUGCGUUUCUGCUUUCAUGGCAAGCCUUACUUUUCUCUUGAGAUAAAAGGAGAAGUGCAAAUUGACAAUAACAUGUUAAAUAUGUAAUUUAAAACCUUAAAAAGUUUAUGAAAUGUAUGUCGUUCACUUUUGGGUUGUUUUCAGCCUUUCCUGUCACCUCCCGUCAUACUUGUAACCCCUAGUCACCGGGCUCCAGAGAGACCUCAGGAUGCAAUGGCCGUGUGGAUGGAGGACUUGCGCAAGGACAGUUUCAAGAUUUGUCUCAAGGAAUCUAAAAUUUUUGAUGGAGUUCACAAAAACAUUGAAGUUGUAAGUAAAGUAGUAGUUACAACACGGCAGCGGGCCUCAAAUUAAAAGGGUUAAAAUAAUGCAUCCCCCCUGAAAUGUUAAUUUUAAUUUAUUUAUUUCUAUAUAUACGCCUAACUGCAAUUAACCUUGUCAUACAAAAAGAAAAGACACGCCUGAAGCAGGAAAAAGCCAAGAAGGAAUUAUUUAGCCAUGCCAUGUACAUGCAAAUUAAGAUUUGAUAUUUUGUUAAGAUAUUAAACUAAACACUUUUGCGGUACAAUAUAAUUAUAUUUAUAUUUGACAUUUUAUGGUCAAGUUGGCCACACUAAAGACAUUUUAGGCUUUAUCCUCUCGCCAGUCCAGAUCUUUCAAAAUUAAUUAAUGUUUUACUUCUCAGCACUAUCGACCCACUUAUUCUUGGAGAGAGGUUGAGAUGGAGGGGAUAACGGGACAUUUUUAUUCCACUUUAUUGUUUGCCAGGUCCCCUGAAAGGCAAUACUCCUGAUGCUCGUAUUGUUAGCGCGUUGCAAAUUCAUUAUCUUAUCAGCUACCAAUUCACCUCAAUAUCCACAGAAACAACUGGGUAAUUUGACGUUGCGUAUCUCAUAAGCUCUCAGCGCCAGCAUAGACUUUAAAGUACGUUUCCUGAUAACAAGAGGAAGGAUAUAUUGGAAAAGAGUACGAUGUUCCGUAUAGGAAUAUAAGACUUGGUUAAUGAGAAAUGUUCUAUAUUGGCCUCAUAUGACCUUAAUCUGCCAGAAAAAUGGUCUCAAAUGGAAUAUUAUCUUCCCACUGCAGGUUAUAAUGAGAAAUAAAGAUUUUAUACUUGUGAAAGGUUUGAACCCAUGAGUCUUUUCAAAAGUAGGUUGAGUUUGAUCGUCCGGGUGAACGUAGUCCUGAAUUGGACUGUUGUUGUUGGCAGUGAUUGACGUUUCGACAACCUGACCGGUAGUCAUCUUCAGGGUCAAAGUGAGUUGUAUCACGUCAGUUGAUGUUAUUAUGCUCUGGUUAUUGAUCUGAUUAGUCAAUUACGUCGCGAUGUUAUUGGUCGUCUGUCAGUUAAGCCGUGAUGUUAUUGGCUAUGAAGACUCGUAAUCAGUAAUUGGUGCGUUUCGAUCCGUCUGUUGUCACAGUUAAACAGUCGUCUAUUGUUAGUAAAAUUGUCAGUUCUCCAGUCGUUCUCUCGUAGUUAGUUUUACUUGAUCUCGUCAAUAAGUCGUUUGUACGGCGCUGCUAACUGUUGGCUUCGAUUCAGUUGCGUUUGUUCUAAGUUAGUAAACCAGCUUUCUAAAGUAAGAAGUUGAUAGUAGUCUGUAGAAUACGUUAUACAUGUCGUAGAGUCCCAGCCAAUUUGAUGUUUCGUCUUUAAAUGGUGCUCAGCAAUGUUUCUUUAGUUUGAAGUAAUCGUUGGCAUGCUCAGACCUCUUCGCUUUGCAUGUUCGAAUUUAUUUGUUUCACGGUGCUUAGUUUCUCUAACCUCUAGGCUUUUUCAUACCUUUUUGCCCAGUUGCGUUUUCUUUUUUGCGCUUGAGUUUUGUUUGUCACUCUUUUUUUGUCACCCAUUAUGCUUUUAUUAUCAUGCUUUUCUAUCACGUAACUGUUAGUUUCGCGGUGGGCUGUUUAAGCAGCGUUUCUUGUUUAUUGAGGCGGCCCCUUUUUUGGACUUGGGGCUCUAUAGUUUAGUGUUUUCUUUAUUUGAAACUUUUAUUUUUGCCUUUGUUUAUUAUCAGCGAAGGCGAGUUAUUGUUGCCUGGAAUAAGUUUAGGGAUGCCACUGGUGAAAGAGUUUUAUUCAGUAAACUAAGGGGAGUCGGGUCACGAUAGGUUUUCUUCAUUUUCAAUGUGUAUCUCUGGUAACGCCGUUUGUUGCCCAUUACGAUUGUAAAAUAUGCCAACGAAUUGCGACAAAUUACGUUCAUUUGUUUGUGAGAUUCUGCUUUCAUUAUCAGAAAUACGGACUCAUUUUGAGCGUUCCGCUGGUGAUGGUAGUUUGUUUCUGCGUACAGCAGUUCUGGGAUGCCACCAGUGAGGAAAAUGAAGUAAUUUGCGUUUUUUUCCUUCUUUGCGUAACUAGACAUCUUUUCUACAUGGGCGAAUAUUUCCAAUCUUAUUUCGUAGCUGAAUGUUCCGCUCCGCUGGUGAAGGGAACUUACUGUUUCGCGGAACGAUUACGACAUGCCACCAGCGUGUGUAGUUUGAUCUUGAAAGGAGAGGAUCCGUUUCGAGUCUUUUUGUUUAACUGUUAGUUACCGUGUCACUUGUCAAUACCACUUGCUGCUGCUUGUGAUAAUUGUGCAAUCCCUCUAAAGGAGUGAUAUAAUAAAAUAUAUCUUUUGUUUUCGUUCGCGAAGCUCAGGGAUUGAUUUCGUCGAGUGAGGCGGAUCCUUCUCGUGUUUUUUGUUUUUUUUAUGUUUAGUCAGUACCUCUGGUGAAGGCAACUCGCCAUUGCGGAAAUUAUUGCGGAAUGCUGUCAGUGGAUCGGAUAUAAUUCAUGAAACACGCUUUUUCGUCGUUCGCGUGGUCCGGCGUUAAGUCUCCCCUUUGAAACGUUUACAAAUGUAGUUUUGUCCCUUUGUUUACCUAACUCGGGCGACCCGGUUUCAGGUUUUCAGUUAGCGUCCUAACUAAGGCAUGACUGCUGCGUGGGAACUAUUUUACAUCCCCCGGUCACUGGGGUAGUUUACAGGGUGAUGUUACACAGGUUUACUCGUGGGCUGCUCUAUGCCCCAAAUUUCGGUCUCUCUUCGGAGCUCGGGGUCAACGAAGGGAAACGUGCCUUGUUCGUCUCGUUUUUAAGUUAUUGUUUUAGCGUUCCGUCUCUUCUUCCGUUUUGGGAUCCCAGUUCGUUUUUCUCCGGGGUUGUACGUGGAUUCGCGCUCAUCUUACACAUAUGUUCCUUUUUGUGAUAUAAACCAGGGAACCUGACCCAUCGUUGGCCCUCGUCCUUCUCCUGGUAUCGUUGCGGCUCGCCCCAUCCUAGUAUCUUUGCGUCAACUUCGUUUCCGCAAUCCUUAAUAUUUCAAAGCUGGGGAAAUUCACAACCACUCCUUUAUGUGGAGCUAAUAGGCAUUAUCCGGGACGGUGUCCAUGUUGAACAGUUCUUCAAAAAUUUCAAGGAGAAUUUUCGGGGCUCACCGUAUAACUCGCCGCGUGCUCCGAUUUGUGAGCAGAUUCAAACCUUAAUCUCCGACACCAUAGUCGACUGGGUCUCCACUAGUGUGCUUGCGGUCUGGGCAGAGUUGGAGAAGUACGUUCCCCAUUUUUAAUAUCCUUACCCUCACUGUGAAACCUUCAAAACUCCGCCUCUAUCAUGAAGAGCGCUUACAUCUAUCACAAUUUAGGUCUCGCCGUCACAAGUUCAGCUCGCUCACAAGGGGGUUCCUGUGUCCCAAUAUAUAGAUGACCGUCAUAUUGGUCAGUUGUUCGGUUCCCCUGCCGAAUCCAGUCUACCUCCUAGCAGAUUGCCGACUGAAGCGGCUGCGUAUAUCAUGUGCUAACUACUUAUAGAGGCCGGUUAUUUUAUUGGCAUCGGGAAAUCGUAGGUUUGAUGUUCCUGACUGACAAUCAGGUCCUUAUAUCUGCAUUAGAUUACGACGGUUGUAAAAACUCGGCAAUCAGUGACGUCAUUAAAGAGAUUUUGUGCCACAGUCGUGACUGCAACUUCAGCAUCUACACCUUCUAUGUGCCGCCGGAACGAAACCCUGCUGACGAACCCUCACGGCGAUAUUCAGAUCUGGACUUAACGUUUAUCCCUGAGUCUUGGUCGCUUUUGGAACAUUUCUUCGGUCCCCAUUCGUUUGAUUUAAUUGUCUUGGAUAGUAACUGCCAAAGGGACUUUCGUGGGAACCCCCUGCCUCAUUAUACCCGACUUGGCCUACCCCUGGGUCUGACGGAGUAACGCUUUUGCUAAUCCUCUGCCUGCUGGACAUAAUAUUUAUGCGUUUCCGCCGUUUGUACUCCUUGGUCCACUUCUGAACUACAUUUUCGAUCACGAUUUUCAUGGUGCCUUCACACUUGUCGUGCUGGAUCUGCGACCGAGGCCGUUUUGGUAGUCGACUCUUCAGGCUCUCGUUGUUGACCGUUUGCUACUUGGCAAGAAGGGAUCUACCCCCGUGUUGCUUUCUCCCACCCGAAACUCGCGUCAAUGGCUUCCGCGCAACCUACAGUGGGAUCUCUGGGCUUUCCGAAGCAUUUCUUAGAGAGCGUCUUUUAUUUUAUCUAGGUUUUAAGGCCUUGGAAGGCUGCACAGCGAUACCCAGCAUGUUUAUACCCAAACGACUUUGACGCUUACUUUUGUCAAGCUUGUGGUCCGCAGUGUCCCAUGAAAGGUUGUGAACCAUACAAGUCUAUCCAGACGUUUCCAAGAUUUUUUUGAUACCCUCAGAGCCAAGCCCUAUCUGCGGCAGAGGUCUGCUCUUGAACAGCAGUUUUCUGAUUUCCUGGUUUCUUUGUCUCCUCUAAAGUACAUUUCUUCUUGCACUUCAGACGAUGUUAUUAAGUUUUUGAUAAGUAAGGACAGCUCGGGAGGACUGUGGUUCAUAGUCAGCUAUGCCCUAAGGUUAGUUGCGAUUGUCCAAGGCGUUUGGCUGCGGGGAUGGUAGAUUCUAAGUUGCGGAAACUUAAUGCUAUUUUCAAUAACAUUGACCGUUUGCGUUUAGCGUUAAAGAGUACCUUAAAUUUGUUCUCGAGGAACAGGCAAACAAGGCUAUUCUCUCCUCCAAGGCAGUGCCUAUGCUUUUUGUUAAGUUUUCUACGCUCAUUAAUUGUCUUAGGUACUCCAUAAGAUGCAGCACCCAUCUUUCCUUAGUCAAUGAUUAUAUUUUGGUGAGGGACACUGUUUUCUUCGUUGUCGAUUUUUUUCACUAGGAACCGUUCUUCAGAUCUGGGUCGUCUUUUAGGGUAUCAGGUGUUCAUCAGUCUUAAGAAUCGAAAGGGUUUUCUGCUGCUCUUAACCCUAACUUAAAGCUUUGAGGUGUAAUGCGCCUUCUUCAUUUAUUUUAGAACCUUUCCAAGAACAGGAGCUUUGUCCAGUUUUGCAGAUUCAAUACUAUCUUUAUGUGUGUCAGUUAUUAAACGUUCAUUUGGCUGACGGGUACUUCUUUAGGGCUACCGGUCGGCGCAGAGCAGUGAGCUAAUAAGGCCUUUUUUGGGUAUUGUGGUUAACAAUAGCUAAGAAAAUAUCUAUCAGAAACCAAGAUUAAUUUGUUUUCGGAGAGACUCCCCACAGCCUUAGGGUUGGCCUUUCGAACAUCCUCAACAUGUUAGGUUGCUUACAAGAGAUCUCUUGUUACCUCGGGUGAAGAAGCAAGGGUAUGGUUGAAUAUUACAUCAUAAUGAGUAACACAGCUAGUUCUUUUUCUGUUACUUGGGGGAGAGUUUCUAAGUAUUUUAGAAAGAUAUAAGGAGUUCGUUUGAUGAAUUUAUCGGUGCGUGGCUCUUUGUUUUUUGGGUGCUUUUUAGCUUUUCUGUCUCUUAAAGUGCGAGUCGUGGUGUCGAGUGCAGGAGCGUACUUUUCCCAUAACUUAAUAUUUCGUGAUGAGGUAAUUAUGCAGUGAGAAUAUAUUACUAGUUAUCUUUCCUAACUGGAACACCCACCUCAAUAUGGUCAGUCCCUUAGUGGCAAUUUUCCCGAGAGAAACAGUUUGUGACACUAUUAAGUGUAUAUAAUAGCCGAGUCCUACACGUAGGUCAGCAAAACCACCAUCCAUUCGAGAAAUCUCGCUGGUCACGUCACCGCACGACCGCCCGCCCGUUCGUCCUCUCCACAGGAAAAUCAACGCGAAAUGUCACAGUUUCUAUCUAGUGUGGGAGCAUGCAACUUGAUAUUGCACAUCCAUGUCGUGGUCAACUGACAGCGGUCAAAACAGGGUAUCCGCUGACAAGUAUAGUAUGGCCGUAUGGCGGGUUCAGUUUACGUGCUUUUUUGAAGUUCCCUCUGACCCAUUUCUGGUCUUCAAGUGUUCACAGUCUCAACUCUAAGUGGACUUCUUUGCAAUGGUUACAAGUUGACUGUUUGAAGUAAAUUACAAACUUGUUUACGGGAGCUUCGUCUUUGGUUUUGGCUAAACCUAUAUAUUAUUGAACAUCUGCUUGUAAUUACACUAGUUUGCUUAGUAUAGUCUCACGCUGAACUAAGUACUUAGCUUGAGUAUUUUCCUGUUCUUGCAGAACUGGAUGGCUUACACCGAGGCGAAUUUUGACAACUUCACUUUGACAGAAAGCCUUGUAUUUACAAACAGCACUCAACAAGACAAUUAUGCUUUUUGUCAGGUAAACGGAUUUUUAGCCACACAAAAAUUCCUACCCAAGAAAAAUCAGUAAAAAAAAUAGUUAGGAGUCUCUAAGUUCAGGUUCACAGCAAACCAAUUUUUUAGAUUUUUAUCGACGAAAUUGCGGCCGUCAAAGUGAGGCAAGUAUACCUCUAGUACUCGGUUGGCGAUAUACGCAGCUAUAGACCUGGUAAAGAGAUAAAAGAUAAGGCAAAAAAGAACAAAGUUAUUUUUUUAAAGUUGAAUUUUUUGGAAAGCCAAAGUUACGCAUUUGCGUUAUUCCGCUGUAUCCUCUUUAGUAUGGGAUGAUUAUGGAUACGGUCUUACAUAAUGAUUUAAACAGUUCAUCCAUAAAAAAGUGACUCUUACAGACCAUGUCUGUCUUAUUUCAGAAAGUAAACUUCACAACUCCAUUCUUUGCUCCUCCAGUGGUGGUUUUGACACCAAAACGCAGUUACAGAAAUGUUACCUCACAGGGAUGUGAAUGCGAUGCAAUGACAGCCUGGGUCGAGGUAAACAUUACUGUUAUAAAUUAAAUCCGUUGUCGAUAGCAACGCGUCCCCUAAAUUCCCUGAAGGGUACUUCUGCAUUCGAGCGCGAUGUUUUAAAAUUCAGUUUUGAGCUAGCAGUUGACAUGAAGAGAAGAAUUGAGAUAUAGAAGCCGAAAACCCAGAGAUAAUACACGCUAGUGUAAGUUGUUUUUUUCCAAGAGGUUUUCAAUCUUUAGCGAACUUCUCAUCAGGAUAUUUGGCCUUUUUCCUUUUUCAACGAAUCAUUCUGUUAAUGCUCGUGAUGUAGACGUGAAAAGAAGCGAGCACGAUUUCGACGCCUAAAUGAUGAAUAAACUGUUAGAAAACACUGAGACACUGAGUAUCAAAUGAAUCUUUAAGAACAGCGAAACGACGACAACAAUUGCCUUGUUUUUUUUCCUUCAAACAUUGCUCUAAGACAGUUCUCGUAAUUUAGGUGAAUAAUCGUUUUGUUUCUUUGCCAUGAUAGUAUUUGAUUCCUUAGCCUAACAUUCUCGUUAACGACCACUGCGUAAGCUACCACCUUUCAGUAAUAACCAUUUUGUUUCUUAGUCAAUUCUGUUUUCACUAAUGGACUUUCUUGUAAGUGACCAGUCCACUCAGUUGCGGUGACUUUCACUGUUUUUGACAGGGUGCCGCAGUCGAACCGACUGCUUUGAAUUCACUACUUUACUGUCAGUAAAACUGAGAUCAAUAGGCCUUAUCACGGAUUUCGACGCCAUCUUGACGAGUAGGCAGUCGUGUGCGAAGUUAGAGUGUUUGUAUGGGAAUCUAAAAAAAUGUCGAAAAUUUUCCAUAAAUGGAGUUCUGAUUAUGAACUGAAUGUGCUGCUGCUUAUGACAUUCGAGUACGGCUAAUUGGGGUGGUUUAGCUAAUUUACGUCAUCUUUAAGGUAGCUAAACGUAACUAAAAAUAUUCGCCAUUGACAGUAUUGCUUUAUUUUUGAUAAAUUUCACCCCUAGUAUACCUCCAGAAAUGACAUGGAAAUUUGUAUGAAAAACUACAAAAGUGACGAAAACAUAAAGAGUAUUCUCCUUACAGUCGAUUAUUUGGUGAUUGGAGGUAAGUAAAGUUCAUUCCACACUCUCUUUCCACCAAGAUGUAUUUCUGUAGGUACCGGCAGUCCAGAGGUAGCACAAACAGCUACUUGUAAGUCUCCCCAGGUAAAGGCCUAUCUACCAAUGAACAGAAAAAACACCCGAUAAUAAGUCCCCCACCCCCCCUCCCUCUCGGAUAGAGCCCCUCCUUCAAAUGUGUCGAAAUGAAUUCGAUUUAUUAUGAAGUUUUGCACCUUACACCUAUCCCGUAGUCAUGAUGUCCAUUGGGGCGCCACAGACUCAGCAACCGUUUCCCUCCAAUUGACAUUGUUUUCAGAUUCUUUUAGGGUGUCGCAAAACCUCAACUCUGUCCAAUCAAAGAUGUUAUUUUCCCAGUCGUUCUUUUGCCUUCCUCUGCUUUUCCCUCUCUGCACUGUUCCUUGUAAGAUUAUCUUGGCAAGCCCUGCUGAUCUUGAUACAUAAUCAUACGAUGAGAUAUUUCAUGGAUGAAAUUUCUAUUUAGACAUUCUUCAUAUUCAAGAAAACUGAGCCAGUAGAAAUUUGAUAACGAACUCGCGUGUGUAUUCGCUGCUCAUUGCGCAGGCAAAUAUGCAGACUGUAAUCAACAACAACUAACGGAUGGGGGCAUUUUGGCCAAUCGGAACAGCGCAAAUCAUCCGUAUUGUUUCCUAUCCAAUAAAAAAGAAGUCCUGAUUCUGGCUUUUUUGCAUGUGAUCUGUGAAAGGAUUGUAUCAUGCCCUCCUUCCGAAAACAGAUUACAGAGAUAAAGGGAAAGGGCGUGAUAGUAGGUUACAACUGAAAAGUCUCUGAGAUCACAACUUUUCAGGUGGUAUAUUGCUCAUGUGCUAAGGGAUUUUGAGAUUGAUCUUAGACUGUUCAUCUCAUUACGUCAAUUCUUCUAAACUACAUGUUCAUCACAACGGUUCUCACAUUGCAGUUGGCGAUAAGAGGGUUUACCUCACAGAAACACGCUGCAAUGACAUUUUGUAGUACCGGUUUCGGAUUCUGCAUGCGUGAGCGUACGAGAGAAGAAGAAAUACAUUUUAACCUGCGUUAGUGUAUGUUACACUACGGAGGGCUUUAAAAUGUGAAACAAAUCCUAGUGGCACGCUCGCCAGAAAUUUUUGUCAUCAUUCCGCCUUAAGACUGACUUUGACUAUUUUUUUUUAUAAUUAUGAUGUUAGACUUGGAUCCUUGCAUUGAAAAGACAUGUUACCACUAUGGUCAUUGUAAGGCAGUGGGGCACCAUGAUGCUCGCUGCGUCUGCGUAAACAGCUGUCCCUCCUAUCAAGAGCCAGUUUGUUCUUCAAAUGGCACCACUUAUGAUAACAAAUGCCUAUUUGAACAAGAAAUGUGUUCUCUGCAGCUGAACUUUACGAUACAGCAUCCCGGUGGCUGUGAAGGUUAGAUCAACUUAAGUUACAUUUGUGGAGUCGCGCUCGUAUUUAUUUUAACAUAUUAGGUUUAGCUUUUAAGACAGUUCACGGACUAGCGCCACCAUAUAUUAACUCUCUAGAGUUACUUCUUGACAUGAAGCCAUCUAUUGAUUUUUUUUUUAUAAUUUAGCUGCAACAACCAAUCCCGUUAAGUUAAGCUUCUUUAACCGUCUCAAUAUAUAUGUCGAUAUAAUCGGCAAUUAUGGGUUAUCACUCAGACAUGUUAAAAAAGAUUUUAUUAAAGUCAACAAUCAGGGCAUAAUGCAUUUUUUAGGGUUGCGCCUCAUUUGAAUUUUUAUUUCUUAUUUUUACAUAAGCUCGGAUUCCUUUGUUCUUUUCGGGGAGAAUAUAUUACAUAACCCCUGAAUCAACUGUCUGAAAAGCUGGGUGCGGCUUUGAUUGUUUUAAGGGAAGAGCGGGGCUAAUGAAAAGCUAAUUAAAAUGCGAGGGGAUUAUGUAUUAAUAUGCGAGGGGGAUAAGUGACUUAUCCCCGUUGCAUUUUAAUACAUAAUCCCCUCGCAUUUAAUUAGUUUUCAUAAAAAAAAAAAUUUACAAAUAUUUAUUGUAAAUAUUAAACACGCCACUAUAAUUCCUACAAUUAAACUGAGCUGCGUUUCUUUUGCGCCACAUUCGCCGAUUUUCUCAGUUCUUAGUUCAUCGAUUUCCACAGCCAGAACGACAGUCUGAAAUUGAACAGCGUCUUUAAAAUUCUACGGUUCCACGAAAGUGUCGCUGUCAUGGUAAGGUGUUCCGUUCUUUAACCAGUCAUCCCAAACUCGUGUACUCCAUGAAGACAUGUAGUUGACCUCUUUGUGUUUUGUGGUAUUCUUGCUUCAUUCCUUGGCUGAAUUUCCUUGUCAGUUACGGUAGCCGGUAGUGAUCCCUCGCCCGGAAUCUUCUUUAUCUGUAAACAUGCAGGUUGGUCGAAAGAUCCUUGGUGCGAAAAUUGAAAUUGUCAACUGCUUGCUCGUUGUCUGCCUCCGAAAUGAAGAGUCAAAAUUGUUUUCCGAAAGCUCAAUUGUAGUACCGCUAUUAAAGCUGCUUUAGUUUGAGUAAUAAACGGCUCUACUUCUGAUAGAUCUGAAUCGGUCGACACUGCCAGGCUCUUUAGGCUGUUUCUAGUAUUCACUACGAACAACUAAUUCGAAAUGCAACUGAGAAACUAACAUAAUUAAAAAGCCGAGAAACUUGUGAAUCCCACCAGUGCCAGCAUGGAGUGUUAAAAAACAAAAGAAAAAUGAACAAUAGAGACAUUUUUCGUCAAUGUAUUUUGCAUCCCUUGAGGAAUCCUCGCCAAUGUAAAAAUAAGCCAUUAUUUAUCGGCCUUCAGCUCGUGGUUAUGUGAUUUAUUCCCCUUGGGCAACGCACGAGGGGAAUAAGUCACAUAACCCGUCGCUUCAGACCGAUAACCCUUACUUAUUUAUUUCUACAAUAAAUAAGCGUGUUAUAUAUGGGAGCCAUGUGGCUAACAAGAGAGGGAGAUUUUCUCCUUCUGUUUUUUUUCCCCGGCUUUCAAGACAUCCCUAGUUUACUUGUUUUAAUUUUUUUCUUUAGGAUUUCCUUUACAGCGUGGCCGUCGCAGCAUGCCGCACAUUCCCUCCCUGGGGUACUCAUUUUGUCAAGUUAUUCGUUUGGAGCCCUUUGUAUUCUAUCCUGACAAACCCAUUGAAGCUCAAAUAACUGUCAAUCAUCUGGAUACCAGUGAUAAGUCUUAUGUCCAUGAUGCCUCUGUAUCGUGGAUUGAGAAUGUCAAUUCCCAUAAAUUUACCGCGUGUGUAAUGACAGCAGGAUUUAACGAGCGAAUGUCUUAUUCUAACGUGACGGUAGACUGGCUGGCUUACCAAGGCGCUCCCGUGGGUGGGGUAGCGGGAGUACAACGCAUUUCACAGUGGUGGACUGGGACGACCUGCGAGACUGUCAAUUUUCCUUCGGUUUGCUAUGUUUAAUUCUUUACUCUGUUCUUGGUUUCAUGAUUUGUAUACUUGUACGUAUAGAAGAAGUCCAAACAGAAUCGAAGCGCGCAGAUUAGUCAAGAUUAAGUGGCGAAUACUCGUUUUUUUAUUACAGGGAAAGUUCUCCAAGAAGCCCUUUGUUUUUGUGACGGUAGCACAUCAUCAUGCUGGACUAAAGAGGGACGCCGCUAGUGUCUGGUUGGAGGAUAUCGCGGCAUCCUCUUGUAAAAUAUGUUUAAGGGAACUUCAAAAUUACGCAGGUUCUCACGAGGAUAUAUAUGUAGUAAGUAAAGAAUUUGAUGUGGAGGAUGAUUACCUUGAGAAAGCAAGCAGAUAAAUGAAUUAAUUGAAACCUAUAUAAAGCGGGCACACAGUAGUAUAGUAGGGAUGAAGUUGAACCUUUUUUGCUGAGGAAUACAUUUACGCCAAUGACUUUAUAGUCUAUUGUCUCGAUUUCAUGAAUGAAAUGAGGUGUACUUUUAGUAAGAUAGGGUAAUGUGCUAUUUUAAGGUGGUAAAACCAGUUUGACGGGUUUUCGUGAGUGAUAAACCUGUUUAUCAGGAUUAAAUACAUGUGACGGAAGUUCAGCGCCAAGCCCAUGUAUAUAUGCAAGCUGCUGCCACGUGUGAGUCAUUAUGCGAUUCUAGCCAGCUGAUGCCUUGAACACCAUUGUAAGCUUUUCUGGUCCCAUCCCUCCCUCCCUGAGGGUAUCGCGCGAUGGUAUAGGCCAUAAAGACCCAGAGAACCCCAAAGAGAGUUGUUGUGUAUUUAGAUCGAUGGAAGUGUUGCGUUUUGAUUGGUUGACCAAAAAACUAAUCAUUAUAUUAAUUAGCUGAUUCAUGUUUUCCAAGAAAAAAAGCAACAACUCACGGGUGAAUCAAGAUCACUGAGACAUAAGGUAAUUAAACAAGUUCUAUUUCCUGACACUUUCAUUGUCCGUUACUGACAAGUUUCUUUAGUACCGGUCCACUGAUUCUUGGCGCGAAAAUCUUGCAUAUUAUAUAAUCACAUAUAAUGAGUUUGAAGGCAAACUACAACAGCUCAUUAAAAUACUCACAGUAGUUCAGUUUAACUUACCCCACUCCCCUUUAUUUUCCUCCUUAAUUCAUUUAUUUGCUCAAUUUUUGGUUUCCGUCCUCCACCAACACAUCCACAUUUCUGUUGUUUUCUUAUCACCACCAUAACAACAUUUUUAUUGUUCUCUCCUUGUCCAUUACAAAUUAUCGACCUCACAUCGACCUCUCAUACGACCCAACAACAAUCUACAAUAAAAAGAGGAGGAGGAGGGAUAACAAUAAAAUGUGAUAGUGGUGGCGGCACUGUGGAGAAAACAAAAUAAAUAUAGUGGUGGUGGUAGCUAAGUAGCAUGGAAAAACAAUAGAAAUGAGGUGGUGAUGGUGACGAUGAUGGCAAAACAAAAUAAAUGUGGUGGUGGAGAAAGAGAAACAAUAGAAAUUUGGUGGAGGUGGUGAUGAAGGUGGUGACUGUGGAGGAAAAACAAAAGAAAUGUGGUGGUAUUGGUGGUCGAGGAAAAUCGUGGAAAUUUGGUGUGGUUGUGGAGGGAAAACCACGCCAGGAAUCUGUGAACUUGGCAUAGAACAAUAUCUUGCCUUUAAUGGACAAUGAAAGCGUUAAUAGCGAAAAUAAUUAUAGUGAUUUUGAAUCAAAAGAAAGUGUGCUUAUUUCUUUAUGAAUUGAAUCAACCAAAGAAAACUUUUGAAAACUUUUGUCAAAAAGGAAGACAUUCAUCGAUCUCAAAUCUAUGACCAUGUUUAACCAUGUUGUUACAUGUGUUCUUCUAAUUUCUUUCUUUUAUUUAUGACCAUGUUUGACCGUGUUUUGCAUAUUCCCAAACCAUGAUGAACCAUUUUUUUCAUUCCUGCUUCCAAUUUAUGACCACGUUUGACCAUGUUUAAACAUGAUUUUGUUGCCCAGGUCAACUAUGGUCUAACAUGCUCCUUUUCCAUGGUCAACCAUGGCUAAUCCCUACUUCCUUCAGAGCAGAUUUACCAUGGGUGACCAUGGUCAGCAUUACUGUAAUUUAACGUUCAUGGUUGACCAAGGUCAAACCGUGGUUAUAUCACUGCCAUGGUAUAUCACUACCAUGGUUGGAAACCUUGUUCAACCAUGGUAGAACCACGGCCGAUCAUGGUCUAUCCAUGAUCCUCUCGCCGGGGAACCUGUCAUACUGAUUAAGCCACACAAUUAAGCUCAGGACAACGUCUUCAUAAGAUUCUCCGCAUUUGAAAUGACGGAGUUCAUGUGUUCCUGCUCAAGUUAAUAAGAUUCAUGCACAAAAAAGAUUUGAUCCCGUUAAUAGACUAAAUGACGUUCAUGCGCUAAAUUCUUGUAUCACUGUUUAAUUCAAACGCCUUUGAGGCGAUUAUAAAAAGAUGACUUACAGCUUACUUUAAAAGCUGCACAAAUGACAGAACACAUAACGCUUUAAAUGUCUUUACCCAUAAAUGCUUACAAAAAUCAUGAUUGUCUUUUCUUCCUUUUCCUUGUAGAACUGGUUGGCAUUUUCGACUUCCCAAAAGCCAUUCUUCUCGGAACAGAAUUCGGUUUACUUUGCAAACUCCAACAAUCCUCCUGCGGAUUUUAAUAAUGCGUUCUGUAAGGUCAGUAUAUUUUCCUAUUGUUUUUCUAAUGGAAUAAUUAUAAUUUAUCCUGGUUUUUGCAUCUCUUAUUUUCACAUUUUAAUCAGCUUGUUUUGUUUUUGUUUUUAGGAUAUCCACUUCAGUGAGGUUUAUCGAAACGCUCCAAACGUUUUUGUAUCAGCAAAGCAUUUCUCAACUGGUAAAAAUCUGGAUCCAAUGCACAAUUCUAUAACUGCUUGGGUUGAGGUAAGAAACCUAUGUCUUUGUAACAUACUUUUCGCAGAAUUUCAAUUCAUAGAAAUAAUUGUAUCGGUGUGAAUUUUAUAAAAGGUGCCCUCUAGGUUUUCGCUUGAACACGGUCAUCACUCGUGUUGAGACCAGAGUAGCGGAAACAAUAAUAAUAAUAAUAAUAAUAAACAGAAGGCUUGCUAUCUUGCUACAUGUAGGUGUCAUCAGAUAGCCCAGCCCAGGCCUAGAAGUCGGUUGGUGGCUGGCAGAGAGCAGUGCAAAGUUAACGAAUUUUCUUUGAGAGCUAGCCCAGUCAAACCUUUGCUCUGAUUGAUAACAGCAGUCCACAAUUCGGAGCGAGCAACUCCCAUACUAGGCCUAUGUUACGGCGUUUUACGGACCAGUUUAUUUUUAGACACAUUUUAGGGCACUUUUUCCCGCGAAAAUAGAUUGUCCACCAUGUCUAUUAGCGCAUUCGAAGAAUAAGAUAUCAAAGAGGAAAACUAAACGUUAUUUAAAGGCAAAAAAUACCAUUUUUCGGUCGCUAGGUUUUGCUGACUGGUUUGUGGAAUUUAAAAGAUGUUUAAAAUUCGCGCCAAAACCGUUCUAAAACUAAUCUGGUCCGUGACACGUGCGCAUGGAAGUUGCUCGCUCCAUCUAAUGAGCUCCUGCUAAUAAUCAUUUGGCUAGGGAAGACUAGGAAAGAAAAUGGAGCAAGAGAUCGAUGUUUCCUUUCUGAUCUCGGGAGAGUAAGCUCUUUUUUCAGAACAAGAUAGAAAACGUGCAUAAACUCAACUGCCGCUCGAGUUCCUGUCUCUUAUUUUUACUUGGCUACACAUUAUUCAUCCCCGGAGACACAGGGGCAGAUAGUGGGAGGGAGGGAAAGUCUAAACGGGCGGAAAAAUAUGGCGCGAAGAAAAGUAAAGAACGACGAGAAGAGCCCCUGGGGACAAUUUCUUACCAGACCAGUUCCAAACGGUCGCCGCCGUUCUGGCUUCUGAUUGGUGCCAGAAAACUUUUGUGUUUUUCUGCCCAAUCAGAAGCCAGAACGGCGGCGACCAUUUGGAACUGGUCUGGUAAGACAUUGUCCCCAGGGGCUCUUCCCGCCGUUCUUUACUUUUCUUCGCGCCUAUUUUUCCGCCCGUUUAGACUUUCCCUCGCCCCCACUAUCUGCCCUUGGGUCUCCGAGGAUGCACAUUAUUUAAACUGCUUGUGAUGAUGACCGCACCAUCAAUGGGGUGGUGGUGAGGGGGAUGGGGGGGUUGUGCUGGCAGCUAUGUUGAAGUAAUUACCGCGCCUCUAUUUUUUAUUCUAGUAUAUUAAUACGACGGGCACAAGAGUUUGUUUGAAGGAAUUAUAUGAGUCUAAAUAUGAUCCCCUGUCGAUACAAUACAUGGUCUUAUCAGGUGAGGAGCUUUCAUCUGUAAAAAUAUAUGUUAAUAAGAACGCACUGAGCGCGUGGCGGUAACUUAUAACAAAUACGGUACAUUGUACUUUGUCAUGAGUUGCUUGAAAAAGUCUGCUUGUUUUGAUGUUGUUGUUGUUGUUUUAAUUCCUGGUUUGUAAUAGCCUAGGGCACCUAGUCAAAAUUAAAUCAGAUUAUCAUGUAAAGCUUUGUUAACGCACAUUACGAUCCGAAAACUGCUAAAGUAUCGAGUCAGGUUUUAUCAUUAAGGGCCUGUUUACAAGGAGGUGGGGGACACCAGAUAGGUGUGGUAACAUGUGGCAGGUCACCCCACUUAUGAUGUAAACGUGAUCAAAUUAAAAUGAGAGAUUAUACACCGAAUGCAAAUAUGGUGGAUCUCUCGGUCGGCCCGGGUCUAGUUGCGUGAAAGCGAGGCUAGUGAGGCUUCGAUAGUUUUGUUUUGACUGCGCGUCUUAGCGAUUCAGUCGAUGAAUAUGGUUUCCUUCGAGUUGUUACGUGCUUAAGAGCCAUCAAAUAGGAGAUUUAACUCCAGCAGAGACGAAAGUUGAUUACCUUCGCUUUGCCAAAGUUCUUUACGAAGAAAGAAAUGGAUUGAAGCGAUUCGGCGCGGCGAAUGGAGGCACUCUACUAUCACGGAGUUAUUUUUUAAAAGAACGAAAGUGUGCUCGCUUCACUUCAGAAGAGAAAACUCAGGAAACUAUUAGAAUGGGUGAAUAACUGAAAGAUUCAUGGUUCUGUUUGAAGUUUGCUUUGUCCGUUCUCUUACCAAGGAAAGGUAAACAUCCUCGAGAACGAGUGAAUCCGCCGUCCAGACUUAUUAAUCUUUAGGAGCUCUAAGGGACACAACUACAAACAACAAGGCGAGUGUUUUUUCACAGUCUUCACGAUCCUGUGUUCAAGAGUUUGAGCAGUACCAUAAAAGAAGUAAUUUUUGGAAAAUCGCUGUUAGUUUAUCUCGAAACCAUUCGACAAGUUGCUAAAACAGAUCACGCGCAAGGUCAAAUACUAUGCUCGAAUACUUGCACGCUCUUUUUCUUCCAGAACCUUUUUUCUUCUUCUUACUUUCUUAGUUGGCAACGGUUCCUCCGUUGGUUUUUUCAGUGCAUUUUGGUCAAGGACUGUUCUUGAAAUAUGUCGCUUUCUUCUAGUUCUCACAUAGUUUCACAGACCACGCUUGUAGGAUUAACAGGCGAUUGUUGUUGUUAUAUUUUAAUGCAGCUGUUUUCAGCGGGAAUUCUAAAAGAUCUUACGGUCCACCGCGGAUGCUCCAGUUCUCGAGAAUGUUUACCUUUUGUUGGAUAAAUAACAGACCAUGCAAACAUCUUGGAACAGCACCAUCUCUUGUGAAAAUCAUUUCAUUCAAAUACUUUCGUGAGUCUUCUCAUCUAAAGCAAGUGAGCGAGCACAGUUUCGCUGUAAAGUGCUUCCCAUCGCCGCGCCGAAUCACGUGAAUCCUUAAGUUUCUUUGUGAAAAGAUCUCGGGAAAGUAAAGGCUAUUCCAGCUAGAGUAAAAUCUUCUUUUCGGUGGCCCUCAGGCAUGCAACAACUCGAUGCAAACCAUAUCGAUCGACUCAAUCGCUAAGACGCGCAGUCAAAACAAAACUCUCGAGGCCUAACUAGCCUCGCUUUCUCGCAACUAGACCCGGGCCGGCCGAGAGGUCCGCCAUAUUUGCAUUCGGUGUAUAUGGACAGGCGGGUUACAGUAUGUUGCCCAGUAUCCGGACACUUAAAACAAAAACUCAAUUUUUGAAGGGCUCUUUUCAGUUCUCGGUAAACGAAGUGUUUCGAAUGAAAGCUGAACAUUUCAGCUUUAAGAUGAAAGUUUUGGCGAGUUUAAAGCUUGCGAAACAGUCGAAGAAGACGCCGUUCUGUUCAGGUGAGUAAACUUUUCAUGGCUAAUAUUUACGUUGUUUACUGGGCAGUAAAAUUAGUGCUGCUCAGAAAAGGGUGGGUAAUAUAUGAUAUUUUCAAAGAAACUGUUUUAUAUUUAAAGUGAAGAUACCAAAAGAAUUAAAGUUCUCAGAAAGUUUAUUAAUUCUUCUUGAAAUUCGAUUUGUUUGGAAUAACGGAGGCCAGAAACAUUCACUAAGGAUUGAGGUUUGGUGCCCAGUACCCGGACAGUUUUUUUCUUUGCGGUACAGAAUCGAUGAAUUAGCUGUGUACAUUACCCGGAUAAGAUUUAUUUCAUAUCCAUAACUAUAAUUCAAGCUUAGGAUAUAUGAUAUAGUCUUAAAAUGUAAUUCUACUCAACUCCAUAUGGAAAUUUUCUUCACUCAUCCAGAGGCGACUUGAUUUCGUGUGCACGGCUUGUUUCGCGUGACUGCAUUUUCUAUAAUAACCGAAAGCGUCGGAGUUGAACCUGGAAUUCUCAGAAUUUCCCCGGUUGUGACUGCUAGAAUGGGGUUGCAAAGGUCUGGAAAAAAGUCACAAAGGGAUUGAGAGAUGUGAAAGAAGGAGGAAUUAAUGCUAGAAAAGCAGGCUUAUUGUGGGGACUGAGCAUGAAGAAAUCAACACCGCCGGUCAGACUAAAUAGAAGAGUGACCUUUGACCGUCGGAUUGAGGUGCCUUCCCCAAGCUUUUUUUUUUUUUUAAGAAAAGUGAAGAAAAAAAGUCCUUUGCAGUUUGGCUAAUUUAGCUUGCAAACCGCGGCUUCGGCUGUUCUCUGUUUGCCUUCUUUAGAUAAGAGAAAACGUUCUGCGACAGGGCAGUAAGACUUAUACCAUUUUUAAGGUCCCUUCCCCAAGCUUUUUUUUUUUUUUAAGAAAAGUGAAGAAAAAAAGUCCUUUGCAGAUUGGCUAAUUUAGCUUGCAAACCGCGGCUUCGGCUUGUCUACGGUUGCCUUCCUUAAAUCAGUGAAAAAGUUCCUAGACAAGGAAGUAAGACUUAUACCAUUUUUAAAUAGCCGCUCGCGUUCUCCACCAUAGCCCAGUUAUUUGUUAUGUAUUAUUUCAUCGCCCCAACAUUGUAGGUUAUAUUUUUGGAAUCGAUUGCCAGACUACUUUGCAAGUGCAAGAGAAGCUUAUAAGUCGCUUGCCUGUCGAAAUUUAUGUACAAUUACGUUGUUGCUGUUGUGUCCGGAUACUGGACCAGCUGUCCUGCCGGAUACUGGGCAACACAGGAACUCUGCAAAAAUAUUAAUUUCGGGAUGGAAACAAAGGCUAAAAAGUUAAACUGUCUUUCCUCAUAUUAAGAACUAGAUAAAUUUUCUCUGGGCUAAAUUUCAGAGCUCUCGCGACCAACAAAGGAAAGUUAUUGCAGUGUUAAACUGAAGUGUCCGGAUACUGGGCAACAUACUGUACCCUACCUAAGCGGGUUACCUGGGGUCCACCAACUUCAAGUAAACAGGCCCUAAGACAUCCGAGCCACUUGAAGAUUUCAGUGUGUUUUCUUGGUGAGGCGACACGGACUAAAACGAGGGCCCAAGGCCCUCCGAUUGCGUGGCCAAGGUUUAUAAUUUUGUCGAAAUUCGCAUCGCACUUGGAACUAGCGUGGUUCCCAAGCGAGGCAGGAACACCAUUUGUUUUUGUGGCCGUUUUGGCGACCAAGAAAUUCAAGAAAUGCUGAUUGUGUUUAAGUUUAAGUUCAUUUGUUUAUUCAAACUUAUUCAUGAAUCACAAUAAUAUAAAAUAAUGGUAAGCACUGAAAUAGAGUUAUACUUUACCAUAUUGCUUUAAGUAUUACAUGCAUUAGAUAAAUUUGCAGUGGGCAAAAAUGAUCUUAAAAGCGUUGCGAUGAGCACAGUGCAGUUACCGGUAGACGGCAGUUUCAGCUUUAUAAGUCAAUCUUUUCUCGCGUCCUCCCGUCGACCACCAAUGAAAUGCAACUUUUGCGGCUUAUGUGCGUUUCAUUUGGGUUCUUCAGAAUGUUCCUGUAGUUUACCCUUUCAAAUUAUGUUACACUGAGGCAGACCCAGACUUUCAGCUCCGUGCAUAGCCUGUUGAGCCCUGGAGUGUUUAUACCAGGCUAUGCAAAUGCAGGAAAAAGGUUUUCUAUUCCUUUUUUAAAUUAACUUUCCCGAGAAAAAACGCAAUAUAUACUCUUUGUUAUCAGAUUCCACUAUCAUGUCAUUUUACCAUAUAAGGUCAAGAGAACGCGCCAUAAUACACUGUAGUGCCCUGGUUUAUCCGGUAUACAACAAGGCGACUGCCGGAGCAUGCAAAAGGAGCAACAGGGGUGACGAAUGGUCUUUGCGAGCAUUCGCGAGCAUGCCGAGCACUGCGAUUUUUUUGCGAGCACGUGCAGAGAUAAAAAAAUUUGCUUUGCGAGCAGCGAGCAGUUUAGAGAGUACAACUCGCGAGCAGCGAGCACUUCUUAUAUUUUCCGCUUGCAGCAAGCCAUAUGGAAAUCCUUUUCUUUAAAAUAAAACAGAAAAUAUUUUCAAACGGGGUUUUUAUUUAGAGCCCACCAAGUUCUUUGAAACUAGUUUGAGUGACACCUUGUCGAGAUCUAACCAAUUACAGUCGCGUUUGAUGCCAAAUGACGUCACAUUUUCGCUUCACUUCAUCACGCACGUGUUCGUAUGGAUCAGAAAGCAACCAUAUAUAGCAACCAUAUAUAACCAUAUAUAGCUAGAUUAGCUAAUUUAUUAUUUAUCGUUGUCAUUUAUCGCGUGCAUUUCCACUGAACUUGAUAGCCAUAUGUAUAGGAAUUAAGCACUAUACAGAAUUACAUUUACUUUAACCCAAAGAAGGAUUUACAAAAUUUCGAGCAAUACUGACAAGAAAGCGAGCUUGCGAGCAACUGCAAAAAUUUGGGGAGCACGGGCAAGCGAGCACUCGUUUAAAUUUUGCGAGCAAAUCGAGCAAAGGUAAAAAUUUGCGGGCAGUUAAAAAUUUUAAUGGACCAUUCAUCACCUCUAGCAACUAUGGCUGAACUGUACGAACCGGCGGACGAAAACAAUUUUUUUUUUGUUGCAGCAGAAUAAUUAACUUCUCAUUCAAUGGUUUGGCAUAUAAUCGAUGCGCAAACAUUUUCCUUUUUGUUAACGUCAUUCUUACGGACAGGAUCAGGAUUUUUCUGAAUACUCUUACCAAAAAAAUAGAAGCCAAUUGCAAAGUAACAAUUUUUUUUGUAGUGGAAUAUCAACAUCUUAUCCAAUGGUUGAGCAUAUAAUACGUGGGGACAUUUUCUCAUUCCUAGUAUUUUUCCGAGCCCCGCAGAAAUACUACGCAACUCGCAAAACGUCCGCAAGUAUUAUAUGCUUAACCAUCGAAUAAGGUGUAUUUCGGACACUAAUAAAAAGAGAAAUUCUUUCCAGUCCCGAAGUCUUGUACACCCACAGGCGAACCAAGCUCGGUGCUUAAAUUACAACGGGUUUCGAUACUGUUUCGCAUAUUACAAACGAUUUUAAUACUUUGUAUGAGAAAUUCAAUAUAGUUGUUAAAACGUAGAAAUAUAGGCAUAAAUAUAAAAACAAAUUGUACUUACGUAAACCUGGGCCUGUUGUUGCUUUUUCUGUGUAACCUGAGCCCAAUUCAUUGCCAACUGUAUACGGUUUUUGGGGCUCGUUGUUUGGUCGGUGUUUUUUUCAUACGAAAGCGAAGCAAGGCAGGUGACGGUGUGCAGUCUCGACUCAGUCUCGAAUUUCCCCCGCAUCAAAGAACCGCGCACCGAUUCGCCAUGGAAGCGUCAAAUCCUUAAGGCCCGGUUAGUCCCUUAUCUCUUCCCAUCGUCAUGGGUAUGUUUUUUUUGCGGGAAAUUUUUUGGAAAGCUCUCGGUUUUGGGCAAUCUGGCGUGCGUACACAUACCACGAUGCGGCUACGUGGUACGUGGUCAACGCGAACAUUUUACAUUCGCUUUUCUUAUUGGCUAGGUUCCAAAUACCGCGCACGCGCAGUCAGGAGAUCGUAAUAUGCAAAACAGUAUCGAAACUCGCGGUAAUUUAUGCACCGAGCUUAGACUCCCUGUAGUACACGAGGUCUUGCACGCGUAAUCAGUUCUUGUUUUGCAAAAGAAAUGCUUUCCAAAGUACGGAUUUUUCUCGCUUUAAAUGUCAGAUUAAGCGAAAAUAAGUUUCAGCCGACCAGGGAUUGGGUAAGUAAAGUAACCUUGUCGAGUUUUCAAUUUAGAAACCGUUUUUCUUUGCGAAUAGCAAAACAUCUUGACGUCUCAGCCAUGUUUACAUACUCUCAUGCACUCACACCUCUCGGCCAAUCGGAGAGCGCGUGAUAUCUUAAUUAUUUUAUAUAACAUCUGAUAUAACUCAUCUACAGAUAUAUGCAAGCCAGGAUGGAGCUACUAUGGCGGUUCCUGCUACAUCACGAGUCAAGCGUGCGCUACAUGGCUGACCGCUGUAUCAAACUGUUCCACAAUGAGCUCGAGUCUCGUGACGGUCCACAACCAAAAAGAGAAUGUUUACAUCCAGCACCGCCAUAACGGCGAAAAAUCCUGGAUUGGACUCAAUGAUCGGAGCGUGGAAGGAUCAUUCGUCUGGACCAACAAAGAAUUAAGUAGGUUUAGGUUCUGGUCAAGAAACCAACCAAAUAACUGGAAAAAUGAAGACUGCGUGCACACUCUCGGUUCGAGGGGAGGAUAUACCUGGAACGAUGUACCAUGCGAUAACUGCUACAACUUCACUUGCUUUACGGGUAAUAUUCACGGAAACUUUGCAUUAUACACCCAGUGAUGUUGCCUUGGUCACCGUUUUUAUUCCUAAUUUGUUCGACCGUUGAGUUUAUCUGUUUUAAAUAAUUGUAAAGACAACUUCAAUUCUGUUUUGUGUAUGAUGAGAGAAGUCAAUAGCGGUGAUAAUUUUAAAGCAUUUCGAUCAAUAAUCUAGACCACACUUAAACAAUGCAACAAAUCAAACGUUUUCCCUUUCAAAUAAAUUUCUUUGAUGCACAGUACUCACGCUGAAUGAUCCUUUCUUUUUCAAUUUGGAGUCCACAAAGACGUAACAACUACUAGGUAAAAGAUGUUAUAUGCUUAACCAAGCCCUUUCAAACGUAGUCAUCAAUCUGAUUGACUAACUGCGCGAAAAUCGUGAUACAACAGUGCUUUAAUGCGUUAUUAUUUUUUUACGUCUGGUUGAAUAAUCUCCCAAGCUGGAUCUCGUGUUUCAUUAACAAAUACCUUGCAAUACAUAGAUACAUACAUACUUACAUACACCCAUAUACACAUACACACAUACAUACAUACAUAAAACUUGUCCAGUUAUUUCAUCUGGAAUUACAGAGUCGGCCAAAAAUAAGCUAGUAUCUCCUAGAAACAAAUAAAAUCCUAAAACGAAAUAAACCAUGUUAUACACUAACUAGAGAAAAUAUUUAACUCUUAAUAAAAUUAAUUAAUUAAUUAAUCUGUAUCGCCGAAUUGCUAAAUAAAGUCAUGCAAAGACGAAGGGGUUCUCAGCUUGUCAGGCAACGCGUUCCAGAACUUAGCAGUGGUAUAACUAAAAGAAUUUAUGCCAUAGAAAUAAGGAUAUCAUGAUCAGUACCUCUCAUGGAAUAAUCAACAGAUCUCAGAGAAAGCAAUUCUUUGAGAUACUGCGGAUACUGUUCAAGAUGAAGACACUUCAAGGUAACUAUAAGCAUGUUCUGUAUCCGCUUGUUACCGAGGGAAGAGUCUCCAAUCCGUUGCAAUAGGUUACCGUAUAAUGAGACUUUGUCAUUUAAGAUGAUCCUAAGAAUGCGUUUGUUCAACAUUUCUAGCUUAUUCUUAUCACUAAUUAUCACUGAAUUUUUCUCAGUGAAUUCGUGUCAUCCCUUUCUGUCAGUAAUCUUUCUCGUAAUUACGUAAAUAGCUCGCCCUCUUAGCCCUCUUCUGAUUUUCUUUUAUCAGCUGUAUGUUUGUAAGCCAAAUUGGACUCUACCGUUAUAUUACUAUUACUAAACUAUUAUUAUUCAGUUCAACGUACUACUAAUCAGAUAGGCUAUUAGCAUUAUUUUCAUCAAUGCUUAAAUAGUUCAUCAUUAAUUUGUUGAUUUGCAGAUGCUCAAACAUGUUUGUUAACUGAGAUUGAUUUUGCAAUAACUUAAGUAAUCAAUUAUAUUUUAAUCUACCCUUUAUGAAUUAGACGUUUUUUUUUUUUAAUAUUUAGACUUUGAUGAAUGUGCCUAUCAUUCCAAUGACUGCGACGUCAAUGCUGUUUGCCAAAAUACCGCGGGCUCAUACACCUGCACGUGCAAAGCGGGAUAUACAGGAAACGGACUGAUCUGUGAUGGUAAGAAAAGACAUCAAUUGAAACCUAUCAGUGAACGCUAUAACCAUAAUUGGAUUCGAUUUACUGUUACUUUAAAAUACGUUGAAUCCGACGUACUAUCAGACAGGUUUUAAUUUUCAUCUUUGUCUAAACAUUUAAUUUGUUAAUUUCCUUGCAAGCAGAGGGAAGAGAAAAAUGGGCGAAAAAAUGAUGAGGGAAAAAUAAGAGAGAUAAGAGAGUCUUUAAUUCCUCUUUUUUCUCUCGCAGUGAGAGACCUCUGUUAGCAGAGAAUUUCCAUACCUUCCCAUAACAAAAUAUAUAUUUGUGGACAGAAGUUGAUUGGCAAUGACUAAUAGUAAUUGAUUAUAUUUUAAAUUACCAUUUGUGAACUGGAAUGUGUUUGAAUGUUUCUAGACAAUGAAGAAUGUACUUCUCUUUCUAAUAACGACGACGUCAAUGCUGUUUGUCAAAAUACUGAGGGCUCAUACACCUGCACGUUCAAAACCAGUCAAUUAAAAACCAAGCACUUAACGCAAUUUAGAAACACACUGUUUACACUAUCCUGGUUACCCUACCUCGUGACAAAAAGCCAUUGCCAAAAUGUAACGAAAUGGUUUCGCCAAUGAAAGAUGAAAAUCCGCAACGCUUUGAAACCAUUAUCAAACUGCGUAAGUGUCAAAUUGCAGAGAAAAGACAAAACAUGAUGGAUAUCAAACUCAGAGCUCUUCAUUCAAUUUGAAGAAAGUUUUAUCGAUUUUGUUUUGGAAUUUGUUACGAAAAAUGAAGACACUUCCAUCCUUGCCCUAAUUCUAAACCUUUCCCUUAACUACUUUUAAUUUUUUCCAUUGUACUUUCGGAUGAUUAUCAGAAGGUUCCAGUAUGUUGUGUUUAUAACCUCUUUAGAUUUGAAUGAGUGUUCAAGUAACUCUGAUAACUGUCAUGUCAAUGCAAUAUGUCACAACACCGUUGGGUCUUUCACAUGUACCUGCAAACCUGGAUAUACAGGAGAUGGACGAAUCUGCAGUAAUGGUAAGAUAAUUCAGCUGGAUUAUCUAUAACAAAACCCUGAGUGUUAAGUAAAAUAUAAAUUACUAAUUUUUCUGACCUGAAUCUUACAAAGGGUAAGAAGAACAGGUAAGCUACGUAUGCGAAAAAUUUAGUAACCGUCCGUGUAAAAUAUCACACUUUUACUUACUAAAAUGACAGUGUUGUGUAAGUCAUACACCGUAUACGACUGAUCCAUAUUAAGCUGAAUUGAUAGUUGUCAAACCUGGGCAUUCACUUCAUAUUCAUCAUGAUCUCUCCUGCUCUCAGUCGGUCAAAUUGCUAAUGCAAACAAACGGCUGCCUAAUUUUUUCGAAACGUGUUUUUAUCGUGCUUCCUCGUACACACCUUUGCGACCUUGGGUGUUAAAGAACAAAUAAGAAUGACCAGCUUCCCGUUGAUAGCCUGCGUAGCAAUUUAAGCGUUUCCGUUUGGUUUCGGAGCAAAGAAAGACCGGUUUUGGCGGGUUUUGGCCGCGUAAGAAAUGAAACGAGAGCCAAAAAAUUAAAGAGGAGGGAGAGGGAGGGGAAGGAAGGAAACGCUUGCAGACUCUGAUUUUGAAAACCUGCGUUCGCCAGCGAACGCAGCGCCUGAUUGGCGCGGCUAGUCGAACAAUAUUGACAUGUGUCGAUCAGAGGUUUGUUUCAUGCUGAGAGGUCAUGUAUGUACGUGACACGCACAUUAAUUUUCUGUGGUUGUUAUUUACUCUGGCCGGCAAGAUUUGCCCUCCAUUGAAACGCAAAGCUCUUCUUGCGACUGAUUAAGGGUUGCAGGUCUUUUAAUUUAUUCUCCAAAGUGCCUCCUGGAUCUGAAUAACUAAAAUAAAUUUUCUUUUGUCAGCGAUUGCGAUGGUUUCUGCAAUGUUUUGUCAUGCUGAGCCCAGGUCGUUAGUGUUUUUUUCUCUCGGAAAGAGAUUUACAGAUCCAAAUUUCGAAUAAUGGAUUGCACUGUUUGUUAAAGUGAAGCUUCAUCAACUAUGGAGAACUGAAUUGUGACUCAAUCAAGAUUGCUGAUUAAGCAAUGAUCGUUCGGAUUCAUUGAGAGUUCACCAUUAACGCGUUCAAAAAUACAUGAAAAAUUAUUUUGGUUUUACACACGCGUCCUCUUUUCCGCUCCACGAAGGUCAAUUAUUUUAUUGCUCAAUUAUGACAGCUGACAGUAUCAAAUGUCGGUGCGCGAACUCGAAGCAUGACAGGCCAAGUGGGCGGUUUUCAAAAUCCCGGGGUUUGUCUGCAAGCUUUUCCUUCCUUUCUUCCCCACCCCCUCAACGCUCUACUUGCACCAUUUUACGCGCAGUCUUUGACUCUCGUUCCUCGUUAUUUGCUCCUAAACCGCAUGGAAACGCUUGCUACGCAGGCUACCCGUUGAUUAUUAUUGGAAUUUGCUGCAUUACUUAAUCAAAAGGUUGAGGAGUUCGAGUCCCGUUUAAGACUGCGUUUUGAUUUGUUUGUUUGUUUUUUCUUUCCCCUGGGUUUGCCGCAACUUCUUAAGUUGUGAAACACAUAUAACAGCGAUGGUAUUUUUUCUAUUUGAAGAAAGUGUGUCUUUUACAAAGGUCAGACAAGGGCUAAUAUCAUUCAUAAUUCAUUUUUUGUAUGUUGGGCUUGCAAUUUGAGACCAUGCAUGGAUCUCAGCUGACAGUAAGAAUUAUAUUGGUGGGACACUUGCAAAGUCACACUUUGUACUGAGCUAAUUGCCCAAAUCACAAUCAAUUCAACUGAAGCCGAUUUUUUUUAAUCAGCUUUAUCCGACUAGAACAUUGUUCCUUUGUCAAAUUAUAGAAGUCGGGUUUUUAUUCGUAGGUUUAGAAGACUCUGUUAUUGUUGGAAACAACAAAAACUUUUUAAACUCAUUAAACAACUGGCUUCGACCCGUGACGAGAAGCGUUAAUUAUCGCUGGAAGCGCUGCUGGCGUGCAUCCGUGGACGGCUGGGCUGCAAGUACGUUUCACUCGCGAUGUGACGGCAAGGGUCCGACUGUAACAAUAAUAAGGGUCGAGAGGUAUAUUUUUGGAGGAUACGCUAAUAGGUCAUGGGGUAAGUUAACGUUUUAAUCAAAGGUGAUUUAGAUAACAGCCCUGCCGGUUCUAGUAUUCAUUUGACAUGAAGAUUAAUAAAAAUUCAGCUGGAAAGUGAGCGGAGCUAAAUAGCCUUCAGUACAUGCAUAGAUAACGGAUGCAUUCCUGGCCAGCAAAAAUGUACUCAAAUUCCAGGUAAUCAUUAACUAUUUUAUCCCGGUUAAAAAGAAUAUGAGUUUUUCUCAAGCCUCCAAACACACUGCUGGCCCCCUCCUCUUUCCCCUUGAGAUUAAAUCCUACAUUAAAAAUUGCGUGUCAUCACAGAAAUUAUGUCACCCCACUUUGAAAAACAAAUCUAUGAUAAAAUCAAACCAAAAAGAAAUAAACAGAGCUGUUAAAAACGGGCUUAUAUGUCACUAGGAUAUUGCUGUUUUAGGUAAAUUUCUCUGAUGACAUCAAUUUGUCGUUUGUCAAGAUCUUCUUGUAAUGAAAAAUGUGUCAACAAGUCAAAAUAGUUUAUAAAUCAGCAAAGGUAAAAGUGUUUACAGUGAACUUUAUGUGCCACUGCACUUGACGGGUGAUUUCGGAAGUAAGAAUUAUUCUGAACGUCGAAAAUUACGCCUGCUUUUUUUAAUUUCUUCGGCUCUCUUUAAUAGCUUCCAGCGGUGGAUUCGAGUAUGACUCCAAAGCAUUUUUAUUUUCACUGGUGAACAAGCCAGGAUGGGCACCUGUUAAACUACCCCAGACAGGGAAAUAUAGUUUAAGCAGAGCACAUUCCUUACUUUUUGGCUCCUCAUAUGGCCCCUCAUUCGGAGGAGGAUCUGACUUACUUAUUUCCGACAACGCCGCAUCCAAUGUCAAGUCUCGCGGCAACCUUGGUUAUACUUACGGCCCACCGCGAGGAUACAGCUUCGGUAGCACUUUCGCCAACACAUUCCUGGCAGGAUCAUAUUCCUUCAAACCAAACGAAAUAGAAACAUUUUACGAAACAACAUAA